AUGAAAACUUAUAUCAAGUUUAUUGUUGUUGUUUUCGGACUAUCACUUCAUAACUGUUCGCCAAUUGAAGUAAACAAUAACACCAAUAAACCGAUUGACACAACAGUGGCUACCAAUACAAUUGUCACAGAAUUGACAACAAUCACAGAUAAGACAAUUACUGAGAAAUUAGAUCCGACCAGAGAUGCAGACCAACCACAGCAACACUCACGAGUUGCCAGACAUCAGACGGACAAACCGGUGGACACAACACAACGCCUAACCAAUAAACAGUAUCAGACGGACAAAGGUUACGACGAACCGGACGUUUCCGACCAGAAUGUCGACGAAAUUACCGCACAGACAGACCUCUACCACAGGACCACCAAAACAACGCUCGACACCGACAAGAGAUACACCAGUGAUAAUGACGGGUCAGACUACAACUUGAGUACAUCAGACGUCAAUACUGUCACCGUUUCGUCGGAAGAAAACACAACCGAUUAUAACGACGCGAUUCCCACUACUAAUAGGGAUUAAACUCAACACUUCUUUAUGGCUUUUAUUUGUAUUUAAUUUAAUUUUAAAUAUAACUUAAAAAUAACUAGUAAAUACAAUAUUUAAUCAUAGAUUUAGCUUAAUCACUCCAGG